AUGACGGAUAAUCUUCAGACGGCGAUUAACGCCUUAUCGCUGCACGAUGAAGAACCGGUGGAUUUGCCUGAUAGCCCCCGGUUCCAUGUGUUUGAUGAAAACGCAACUAGUCUUUUGGGAAGACUCUUAAACCCAGACUGCCAAGCCAUGGACAAGAUGAUCGAAGAGAUGCCUAGGAUAUGGAGGGCGUAUGAAAGAGUUCGUGGAAUCGCUCUGUCGCGUGACAAGUUCCAGUUUAUAUUCGAACGGGAGGAAGACCUGAUGACUGUGUUAAAGGACCGACCUUGGACCUAUAAUAACUGGACCAUGCUGCUGGAUCGGUGGAUCCCGUCGCCGCCGGCGAAUUUCUUGACUACUGUUGAUGUUUGGAUUCGUAUCAGUAGAAUCCCAGUGAAUCACUAUCGUCUAGAAACAAUGGAUUUCUUAGCUUCCAAAGUCAGCAAAGUGCCUGAGAUCGCUUAUGACCCUAAAGCUUCUCAAAAAGAAGCGUACAUCCGGGCCCAAGUUCGACUGGACAUAGCCAAUCCAGAAAUCGCUAUUAAACCUCUGAAUCUACCAAAGGGGGGAAGAGUGAUCAUUGAAUUUGAGUAUGAGAAGCUGAGGAAACGAUGUUUUCAUUGUCAGCGCUUGACACAUGAACGACCAAGCUGUCCUUUUCUUAAAAACAGGGGCUCUCUUCCAACAGCCACAGACGUUGCAAAGGAUACACGUGACAAGGAAAAACCUGAAGCUAGUGGUGGGAUCUUGAAGAAAAAGCCUUUACUGAUUGAACAUCCAGUAGUGCCUCCUGGGUUUGCUCCUUUGUUCCCUGAGAUGCCUCCGAUAGAAAGAAACAUGGCCUUGCAGUACAUCUCGCACAGUGAUCCGACGGAGAGACAGGCCAGAAUCACGAGAGUGCAACAAUCUUUUCAACCUGGGUUUGAGGACAAUGUGGGUAGAGCACCGCGCAUAUCCCAUGACAUUAAUAAAGGGAAGGGCCACGUCUUCAACUUCCAAGAACAAGAUCGUCCGGGUAAACGAGCGACAUUGGCUUCAGAACGUCCACCCUUCUCAGAGGCUGAUAUAAUACGUGGAAAGGAUCGUGAUGGCUUCCUCCUUGACAACCUGGAGGCCUUCUCGUCUUCUUCUUCCCUCGGUCCAACGGUCUUUCGAGUGGGAACCUAUACAGGUAACUUCUCUACAGGGGCUAAUGAGGUUGUUAAGAAAAGUCGUCGCAGGCCGCAACGCUGGAAACGCAUAUGCAGCCAGCGUCCUACGGGUCUGUUCAGGCCUUAG